AUACAAAUUGCACGUAUUUCUUUAGUCUUUAUUCUUCCUUUUAAAAAAGUAUUUAAUAUUAGUGAAAAAUGAGGAAUUCAAUGCAAUUUUAUUAUGCGACGGACACUAAUAUAGUUUAAGUUAAGCCGUAAACGUAGCAAUGUAGUUGUGAAGUGACUGUUUAAAUAAUGUAGAUUAGACUAUAUAUUUUUUGGUAAUGAUUGUUGUAUAGUAAAUAUAACAUGGUAGCAUGUGAAAUAGACGGAGAUGUGUCAGGGGAAGUGCUCGGGUGGAAAUUACCAGCAUGGCAGGCUCUCUUGUUGCAUCGAGUGGUGCCAUCAUGCGGUGGACUCAUUUUGUACCUCACUUUGAUUUGCUUCGACUUUGCUCUUGUUUAUGAACAUUUUAUGCAUGGAGAAAAGGGAAUAGGAAUAUUUUGUCUAAUAUUGAUUACGCUGCCAGCAAUAUUGUCGUUCAUAUUCACACUGGCGUCGCCACCACCGGGUUUGGAAACAGACCUCUCCGCUUACAAUGUAUCCAUGGAGAAAAAUGACAUACAAUGGGUAUUCACACAGAUUGCUAACUGUAUCUUUUUCCCUAUUGCCGCUAUUGGAAGAUAUUGUUACCAAAUAUUUUGGUGGGUGGAAGUGGUCUUCGCAUCUCGCUGUGAUGAUGAAGAACGUAUUCAAGAGGCACUGGCGUACGCCCGAACACCAUCUCCAAUGGAACUGUACUUGUUUUUGCAAUCGUUCUUACAUUCAGCGCCGCAUGCCAUAGUUAAUAUUCUGGAAAUGAUGGCACGUUAUAACGACCCUGCCUACAGCAAAAGAACAGUACAGUUCGUGAGCAUCAUUGCAUCUUCGUUGCGAAUGGCCAGUACCGCAACUGUGUACAGAAGAUUUGAAAGAGAAAAAAUUAACGGACGGAUGUAUCCAUGGAGUAAAACUAAAGAACAGAUUGAAAAUACAAAUAACGAAAACAUCGAAGCUGUUAAUACCAACGUAGAAGUGGAACAAGAGCAUGAAGAAGAAUCUAUUUAUGAGGAAAUUAAAGAGAGAAGUCAACACGAAUCGGGAAGAUCAAAGCUUAACAGUGAUUUGAUACAGUUUUCUCCAAGAUCUACAAUGUAUUAUGAUAACAUAGAAACUGAUUCGGAAACCGAUUCUGACUAUCGAGGUGGUACAAUGCGUGAUGGUUUGUCAUCCCAUGAAUUGGAGAGCGAUGACGAGUAUGUACGGCCAAUAUCGAUCGUCGAUCGAGUGGCACCUCGCAGACGUGAUACAAGUUUUACAAUACAAGAAGUGUAUGUCCCCCCACCGCCUGAAUCGCCAGCACCACGACCCAUAUCAAUAGCAGCAUGGGCAGAGAAAAUUGUAGAAAAUGCGGAGUCUAUACCAACGUGGUUAUCUGCACCUCCGAGGAGAAAAUAUUGUGAUGAAGUGGUUCGAGAUGAGCCGGAUAUACCAAUACGAGUACCUCGAUCAUAUAUUCGGGGUCUUGAACCUCAGGAUCUUACAGCGGCAUUAGUACACUGCAUGGGUUGGUAUACAUUCUUCAUUGCGCGCCUUCUGUCUAUGGCUGCUUUUAUAAACUUAACUAUUGUUGGUUCUGUUAUAGUGUUGUUCUCGCAUUAUCAAGUGAUGCUUUUGUUUUUAAUAAUACCACAAGCAAGUACUGUGAAAAGAGGCUUUUAUUUAUUUCUUGCGUUUGUGUACUUAUUCUGUAUAAUGGAAUUUAAGAUACGUUUCCGUCAUGUUCGUGUGUGGCAUAUGUUUUGGAGCAUAGUGUGUAUGGUAGAGACAAUACUUUUUACCGGAUUGUGGAUAGGCUUAGAUAAUAAUUUACAUUAUUGGUGGAAACAAUAUGUACUGUAUGUGAUUGUAGUUAGUUUAAGUUUAAGUGUUUUGUGUUUUGUAACAUAUUUCGUGAUUUUACAACCAAAAGAGACUAUUGUACAUAUCAAACACAGAAAUAGAAAUAAAAUUACAAAAUAACAACUAACUAGAUUUUAUAUAAGUACAAGUGAAUUAGAAAAUUACAGUAUAUUAUAUAUCAUUACAUACACCGCAUCUGGAGUACUACGACUUUGUAUACCGUUGACAGAUCUGGUUGGUUUAAAUAAGGUACCAAUGUAAAAAUACCAAUCCAUGCUGACCAACUAAAAAUACAGAGAUUCAAUUUUGCAUUGAAUUUAGAGUAAAAAUUUUUAAAAUUAGAAAACUUUAAAAUUCCGUAUGGUGGCAUAACACAAAUACUAAUAGCCAAAUUGCUUUGUGUUAUGUACAUCAAAGAAAACGCCACACUGGGCAGUGAUUGAAGCAUCCCUGUUGGUCGCUAGCGCAGCUGUACAAUUUUUAAACAGACUUGUUUGUAUAGAUCUUUACUUCCGUAGCAUGUCUACUUUAAGCAAUCCAAUCAUAUAUUAUGAUAAGUGAUCCAUCCUAUCACAUACAUAGAAGUAAUAUGUCGUACUAGGUAUAUUAUAUCAUAGUAGAGAUACAUAUAUUAAGUAAGUACCUUUUUAUACGUUUUAUUAUAUAAAUUUGAUAUUUAUUUAUUUGUUUUUAAAAUUAGAUGAAGGUUAUCAAUAAAUUUAAUUUUAUAUAUUUGAUA